CAGUCCUCGGAGACAAAGUCCACACAGUGUAAAGAAAUGGCAGCUGGAAAGUCUUGGGCUCCAGGGUGGAGAGGUGGAGAUGGCAAUCAGAGACAGCAUAAACCUGGAUCAGCCUGUGAGCAGCCAGACAAGAUUUAGUGCCUGGACACCAAAGGCCUGCACGUCUGCCAACAAGCAGCUAUUUCAUGAAAGAGUUAAUCUGAUAGGACACUGGUAUGAUUUAUGGACAGAUAAGCAGCGCAAACAAUUUCUACAUGCCAUUUUAACAAGGAGCAGCAGAUCACAACUAAAAUUCAUACAGGACUGGUUUUCUGAGGAAGUCCCUGUUACCAAGGUGGAUUUUACCACAGUGUUACCCAGGAUUCUCUCUCUGUACAUCUUGUCUUUCCUCAAUCCUCACGACCUGUGUUCUGCAGCACAAGUCAGUUGGCAUUGGAAAUUUCUCUCAGAACAGGAUUGUCUAUGGAUGCCAAAAUGCACAAAGUUUGGCUGGUUUUUGCCGUAUACUCCCGCAGACAAUGAGUAUGGGGCAUGGAAGAGACAUUAUAUUUCAUGCGCAUGCAGCCUAGAUUAUCUGACACCAAGGGAAGCCGCUGAAACUUAUGGUACAUUAAAUACGAGCAAGGAGAAUAGAGAGGAGCAUGAAGAAAAAGUACAGGAGAAGUGGCUACGCAAGAUGCUUCAUGAAAGACUGGCACUGGAAAAACGAGAGCUCUUUAAAACCAGACCUCCUUGGAUGAGCGGAACAUGGAGAUCAGCAAUAAAAUCCAGAUUAACACCAACCCCGUCAAUGAGUAUGACUGACCAGGCUGCUCUGCAGGCUGCUCUCUGGCUUAUCAAGGAUCAAGACAAAGGCUCUGAAAAAGCUCUUACAAGUCGGAUGAAGGAAGAAGAUAGCCACACUCCCAGCUUCACAUUAGCUCUGGAAAAGAAACUUGUAGAGCAGUCCAUAAACUCAUUGCCUAAAAGGCAAAAUGUAGCUGGAUCUAACACCUACCCAGCUACAUGGAACGGUCAGUGCCACAGACUCCGUUAUCAGUACGCAGCGCCGUGCUCCUCUAAUCCACUUUAUCUUAUGUUGAUAUCAUCCCAUAUACCAGCAUAUGAGGUCCUUCUGGACAGUGUAAAACCCAACGUGAUACCUAUAGUUUAUAACUACUGUGGGAUGACACCUGAAAGUCUGCUCUUCUGUGUGGAGAAAGCUCUGGAUGGGCGAGCAGCUGAAAGCAUUGGGCUUAUUGCAGACGGAGAUUCUCAACAGAUACAUCUAUUGGAGAGUGUAAGAAUCACUUCCCAUAGUAUCCUGAGUUCUGACGUUAGGGACUUUUGGGAAAAACUGGGGAGCUGUGUGCAAGCAGAGAAAGAUGGUGGCCAUAUUGACCUAUUUGUUCCUCUAGCAGCUUCAGAAACUGGAAUGGAAAUGCUACGACGCCUUUCUCAGAUCGCUGGGGUCCCAUUUUGUUCCCCAACUGGGAUUGCCACAGGGUCCUUCCAUCAUCUUCUUAGUGAAUGGCUGCCGGCACCCCCAAGAAGUGGAUCCCCUCCUUUUUCGUACUUCACUGAUGUGAAACUGCAAGCCUGGUGCAGACUGGCCGAUGUAAUGGAGGAGGCGCUGCAUGUUGUCAGGAAGCAAAUGAAGAAGUAUCUAGCUGAUCUCCAGAGGAAUGUCUCUGGGAGGAUAAUAGGGCAGUUCAUGUAUGAUGCAAUGCCCAUGGUAAAGGUGCUGACCAAUUAUAAGGUUGCUGAGGCUAUAACUGAGGCUUUGGUGGAACUAGCCAAGGAGAAAAAUGAUCAUCCUUUGGAGUUCAUUACUAUGUGUCUUCUAAGGAAAUGUAGCAAGAACAAGGAGAUCAGACAUCAGCUUCUGAUUUCAGAGGGAAAUACAGAUAAUACACUGUCAGCAUUUUUGAAGGAAGAUGAUCUUGAGGCUGACCAAACUGAGAAAGCUUCUCACUCCCAAAGUCAUUCUGAAGUCAAAUACCAACAGCUGACGUUUCUGGAUAAUAAGCUACAAGCAGAUCCAGGAGAUAAGCGGUCACAGUUUGCUCGAGAAAUCUUGAAGAGUGAGAGACAAUAUGUCCAAAUCUUAGCAAUAGUAAGGGAUGUGUACGCUGCCCCACUGCAAGCUGCUCUGUCAUCUAACCGAGCCAUCCUCAGCAUUGCUAAUGUGCAAAUCAUCUUCUCGGAUAUCCUCGACAUUUUACAAGUCAACAAACAACUCUUAUGUGAAUUGACGGAAAGACUCCAGGAAUGGGGGCCUGCACAGUGCUUGGGUGAUGUUUUUAUCAAGUUUGCAUCACGACUCAAGACAUACACUAAUUUCUUCAACAACUACACGGUGAUCCUUAAAACUAUAGACAAGUGCAGGGAAGCCAUGCCAACAUUUCGAGCCUUCCUAAAAAGACACAAUCAAACAGUUUUAACUAAAAUGAUGAGUUUACAGGAGUUGUUUCUCUUUCCAUCCACUCGGUUUGAAGAAUACGUGAAUCUCUUAUACGCUGUUCGACUACAUACUCCUCCCGAGCAUUCGGAUCGCAAAGACUUAAAUUCUGCUAUACUGCAGCUGAAGCAAUACAAGGAUUAUAUUGGACAGCUUAAAGCAGGUCUGGAAAAGGACACAGAGCUAACACAUAUACAGAAGAUGAUUCAGGGAUGCCCGAACCUAAUAGAAGCAAACAGGCAUCUCAUAUACAUGCAAGAUGUGGCUCUGCUGAGAUGUGCCAAUGAAGUCAUAAGUGCGUCCCUAAGGAUCUAUGAGCACAUCAGUGAUCUGAGUCUCUUUCUCUUCAACGAUGCGCUGGUGAUUUCAAGUCGGCACAUUUCCUACACUCCUUUCAAGCGUACAUCAAAGACAUCCUACCAAUUUAUGGCCUCAGUAUCUCUACCAAGACUACUUGUGGAAGACAUUGCAGAUACAAAAUAUGUAAAGAAUGCAUUUAGGCUCCAAGGGCCAAAGCGUCAAUGGAUCUGCUCUACUGUCACCGAAGAGGAGAAGUUCACCUGGCUUUCGGCAUGUCAAAGGGCUAUCCAUGCCAGUAUCGAAAAGCAAUAAAUCCACCAGGAUAAUAUUUUGUGUAAAGUACCAUUUAUACAUUGUUUCUUGAUUAUUUAGAGGUUAAGAAUGUAGAUGUUUUAUAUAUGCUGAUGGAUUUGUAAUAAAAGUCUUU